AUGACUGGCUGGGCUACCAAGGUUGACAUUAGGAGUGAAAAAUCCAGCGAGCAGCGUUCCGAAUUAGACCUUUUGUUAGAGGAGAUUGAGCCCGUUAUAGUUGUGUCCGUCUGCACGGAGAAGGAAAUUAUUCUUAAGACACCUAUACGAGAUUCACGGAUCGCUAUGAGAAAAAUAUUCAUCAUUGGUUAUGGCAGCCAUCUUUGUUCUCAUGAAGCACUUUACUUCAGGGUCAUCGCGGUAGAUCAUCUGUUCGACAUUCAGCAAGCGCCGAAAGGCAGACUAUUGAAUGUCCUCACCGUUAACAUUUCGAAGGCAGUAAAACGCUCCCGGGAGAGUGCCAAGAAUUAUAGUGUAUUAUUAAAUAGUUACGUGAGAAUGAGGACAUGGUUGGUUUACCUCGUUUCUGACGCGACGCAGACUAUAGGGAAACCUGAGUAUCAAGGGGGUAUUAGGCCUCGAAUAGCAUGCAGAGAUGUGCGCGGCCGAAUCACAUCAGCAACGACAGACAGACAAGAAAAUAAGUUCUACUACACCAGGAAAGUGCAGAGAAAGGAUGGCGGGACAAUGAGAGGAAAGUUACAACCUCCAGGUCGCACCCCUGCUCAUCAUCUCUUGGCGGGUCGGUGUCGAACACCGGCCUUGGAGCUCGAAUUUGUUCUUGCGACGAGUUCGUGUAACACCUCCAGGGAAGAGGCCGAGGUGGAAACAGUAGCGGCACUGGUGACAACACAAGACAACACAAGCCAGAAGGUGAACGUAAAGGGCAAGGGACUCACCAAGCACAGGAUAUUUUCACUACCCUUAAGGCUUCGAUAUCGCCUACGUUCCAACGCCUCGAUCAUCUUCGUCCUCAAAGAGCCAGGGAACAACGUCGGCAGUCAUGCUUGA